AAGUCUUUGUAAUCGGGAAAAAGUGGAAAUAAAUGGAUAAAAUCAGGGUAAAAUAUAAAAUAUGCUAUUUCAGGGAGCUUUAGUGUAAUUUGUAAGUUUAUAAUUACCCUAAAUCGAUCGAUAUGCAUCGAUCUGUUUAAGCGACCGCUGCCGACUACUCCUCUUCGGCGACGACGACAACUGUUGUUGCUGUUCCUGUUCGACCUUGGCUCUCUCUGGCUAAAGGGCUCUUAAUAAGUUAGGGCCGACCUUGCUACAAUCCCUCUUUAGGCAGUGAGAGAGAGAUGGCUGAUAGCAACAAAGAUCUUCUCAACCUGGAGAACAAGAAUUCGUCUUCUUCAACCAUAGAAUCAAAGCUUCUUGUCUGCAAAAAGAAUGAAUUCCGUCAAACUCAAAACCCAAAACCUAAACCCCUCGAUGGAAUGCCAUUCACUUCUUCUGUUCCUAAAAGCCAAGUUCUUGGAAAGGCAAAGGAUUUCUUAGGAGUUUUUUCAGAAGCAAAUAGAAGGCUGCUGGAUGAUGCAAAGGACAAUGCCAAGGACUAUGAUAUCGAGGCACUUUCCGGGAACGAAUCUGAAUACAUUGAAAUGGAUUUAAUGUUGGGCGUUGCUGAUCUCCAUACACCUGAGGCUGUUGCUGCUGCUGAGUCUGCAAUUGCUGGUUAUCAACCAGUGAUUUCUUUGGCACUUAGCAGCAGCAGCAGUGAUGAUAGCAGCAGCAGUGAUGAUGAGAGCAGUGAUGACGACGACGACGGCGGUGAUGAUGGUGACCAUUUGGCUUGCUCACCUACAAAAAUUAAAAGAUCGAAGCCUCUGGAAGGUGAUAAUUCUACCGAACCUUAUGGGAACGAUAAGUCAAAAAAGCGACCAAAGAUUGUUGAGCUGUCAUAGAACUGUUUUGGAUUACAAACAGCAGGUCUAAUGAUCACCAGAUCAAAAUUGUCGAAGAGAUUCAAAAUGUCAGAAACUGUUUUAAGGUACUGCUAGGGGAUGAGAGUUGGAUGCAGUUAAGGUUUAUGAAUGUAAGAAUGCUGCAAAAUGCAAAGCUGUGAGUGUAGAUGCUUGUUAGGUUAUCAUCUAUUGAGAAAAUGCCAAAGAUGGAUUGUGUUUACUUCGAAUCUUCAGCAAACGCUAAAGCUCCUGUUGUAUCGAGUUUCUUUUGAUUUUACAUGUAGUUACAUUAUUUUAUUAUGUAUAUUUUCAUGUAGUUGCAUUA